AGUUUUUCUUGACAUGAUUUGAACUUAGAAGAAUAAAUAGCAACGAGCUGACUCCAUCCAGUUUUAAUUAAUCUAAACAUUAAAAUAUAUAUACCUCUGAAUACCAUCAUAUUUCAUGAAUUCAUACAAAACCUCAAAGUUUAUGAAUUAAUGAUAUUGAUAUUACUACUCUACAUGAAACCAGUAUUGUGUAGGUGUUCGCUCAUGAUACAUACACUAAAAGUGUUUGACUUGGUGGUGUGACAAGAUAAAUGCUUGGUGGAUCACUGUCUUGUAAAACUGCAGAUAUAAAUGGAACUCUGCUCAACCUUCUUGGUAAUUGCAAAUCAAUGCUUGAGCUGAAGAAGCUUCAUGCUAUUGGGAUCUCUUUUGGUUUAUCUCAUGAAGACUCGUUUAUGUACAAAAUCCUUUCAUUUUCUGCUCUGUCCAAUUCAGGCGACAUUGAUUAUUCCUACAGGGUUUUCUCCCAGCUUUCCAGUCCAACAAUUUUUAGCUGGAAUACAAUCAUAAGAGGCUAUUCAAAUAGCAAAAAUCCAAUUCAUUCCCUAUUUAUUUAUCUAAAGAUGCUGCGACAUGGGGUUGCACCAGACUACUUAACAUACCCAUUUCUCGUGAAGGCCUCAGCACGCCUUUCAAAACAGGAAAGUGGUGUAUCUGUGCAUGCCCAAAUUAUAAAAACUGGGCACGAGUCUGAUAGAUUUAUCCAAAAUUCUUUGAUUCACAUGUAUGCUUCUUGCGGGAAUAUUAUGUGGGCUCAUAAAGUAUUUGAUAGUAUGCAAGGAAAAAAUUUGGUUUCAUGGAAUUCCAUGUUAGAUGGUUAUGCCAAGUGUGGAGAAAUGGCUUCGGCUCAGAAAGUUUUUGAGUCAAUGCAGGAGAGGGAUGUUCGGUCAUGGAGCUCUUUGGUUGAUGGUUAUGUGAAGGCUGGAGAGUACAGGGAAGCUAUGGCCAUCUUUGAAAAGAUGCGGGCUGUUGGUCCCAAAGCCAAUGAAGUGACUAUGGUGAGUGUCUUGUCUGCUUGUGCACAUCUUGGCGCUCUAGAAAAAGGGCGAAUGAUGCACAAGUAUAUUGUUGACAAUUGUUUACCAAUGACAAUGGUCUUGCAAACUUCUCUUGUGGACAUGUAUGCUAAAUGUGGGGCAAUAGAGGAGGCUUUGUUUGUAUUUCGGGGCGUCUCAAAGAGUCAAACUGACGUGUUCAUUUGGAAUGCAAUGAUUGGAGGUCUUGCCACACAUGGGUUAGUGGAAGAAUCUCUUAAAUUGUUUAAGGAAAUGCAAAUGUUCGGCAUCCGAUCCGAUGAGAUCACAUACCUCUGCUUGUUGGCUGCCUGUGCCCAUGGAGGACAAGUUAAAGAAGCAUGGUACUUCUUUGAGAGCCUUGUUAAAUGUGGCAUGACACCUACAAGUGAGCACUAUGCUUGCAUGGUAGACGUGCUGGCGCGUGCAGGUCAAUUAACCACUGCAUACCAAUUUAUUUGUCAAAUGCCCAUAGAACCAUCAGCUUCCAUGUUAGGUGCUCUUUUUAGUGGGUGUAUUAACCAUAGAAAUUUAGAUCUUGCAGAAACAGUUGGCAGGAAGCUUAUUGAUCUAGAUCCAAACAAUGAUGGAAGAUAUAUUGGCUUGUCAAAUGUAUAUGCAGUUGUCAAACGUUGGGAUGAUGCAAAGAGCAUGAGAGAAGCCAUGGAAAGAAGAGGAGUGAAAAAAUCACCUGGGUUUAGUUUUGUUGAAAUAUCUGGGAUCCUUCAUAGAUUUAUUGCCCACGAUAAAACACACCCUGAUUCAGAUGAAACUUAUUCUAUGCUACAUUUUGUUGUCUGUCAAAUGAAACAUGGUUGCCGCCAGCACAAUCAGGAGGAGAAUUUGUUGAAUGAUACAUCAAUAGAAGAUGAUUUGAUUCUCUUUUGAGUAGAUUGCGUUAAAGUUUGUAGCAGUUAACAUUUGUUGUGGAAGAGUUAUUGCACAAGACCUACAUGUCGGUUACAGGCGUAAGGAAUGUAACUACCAUUUCACAUUGUGAAAACAAGUUUGUGCACUCUAACAAGUAAUAACUAGAUAAAAGCCUCGAAAAACCUGAUGGUUCUGGAAUUGUUGGCAGUUUGUUGACCAUGUUGUUUACUACAUAUGUUUGUGGACACAGUUUAAAUACGUAAAUAAAUAUCAAAUCAAUAGUCUUAUUUAUA